UUGCCCAAGCGGUCGGAAACUGCUUAACUUGUACAUGUAUGGCGAAAUAUAAUUGUGAGCUCAUAUAUAAGGAAGUUAUAGAAAACACCAUCACAAAACCGAUGAUAGGUACAAUAGUUAUAACCGGAAGUUAAUUAGGAAAGGAACGGCAAGAUUAUUCUUUAAUAACUGGAUAUAAAUGAGUCAAAUUAUGUAUCGGACAACGUGGAUAUAAAAAAAAACACAUUAUUUUUUUUAUCAUUUAUCGUUUUAGAUAAGUUUUAUCAGAGGGAAAAAACUAAACACACGAUUAUAACUCUAACAAAGAAACGAAACGCACAAGAAAUAUAAUUUCUUGAGGUAUUGUUAGACACUUAACCGAUGAAAUCCAUCAAGUGCGUUGCCGUUGGAGAUGAGUGCGUGGGGAAAACUUGUCUUCUGAAAACGUUUGUGGACAACUCCUACCCUCACGACUUAGUUCCCCCCACUGUCCUCGACGAAUACAAGGCGGUGAUAUCGGUUGACGACUCUGACUACGAGGUGAACCUAUUUGACACGUCGGGUAUGGAAGCCUACGACCGCCUGCGCCCCUUCUCUUACCCCAUGACGGACGCCAUCCUCCUUUGUUUUUCUCUUAUAUCUAUGGCAUCAUAUAAAAGCGUCUCUUCAAAGUGGGUACCGGAAGUGCGCCAUCACUGUAAAGACACUCCGAUAAUUUUAGUUGGCACCAAAGUUGACGCCCGCGAAUUUUCAGACCGGAGUGAAAUCGUGAAGAACCAGCAAGGUCGACGGUUAAAGAAACUGGUCGGAGCGAGGUAUUACGUGGAAUGCUCGGCCCAGACAAAGAUGGGCAUAGUCGAGGUAUUUCAGGACGCUGUGCGCGCAGCAAUCGCACCGCCAGUAAAACAACAUGGAAACGGCCGUUGUAAAUUACUUUGACUGCAGAUCAAAAAUGUUUGAUAAUUGCAUGUGUAAUUGGUGUAGUUGACAACAAUGAAAGUCUAAUUGAUAUCUGUAAUUGAUGCAUUUUAAUCUGGCAACUGUCUAACAACAAGGGCAGUAAUGUCAGGUGCGUCCAUGCUUCCCAGUUCAUUGUUUUUGGUGAUAAACGUCCUCGAUUCGGUGAGUAUUACCACUA